GUGAAGUGGAGUGACAUCAAGUCAUCAAGUUUUAUUUACCUGAGGCUUUCUUUCACGAACUGUCCGCAGUGUUUGUUUUCUGAAUUUUUUUCUGUUGUUUCUUUUGCCUUGGUUGGACUUGGAAAGAUGAGGAUUUGAAUAAAACUUAAAUUAACGGAGUGAUUUUCAGCUAGAACUUUUGUUUCAGUAAACGCAAAGAAUAUUUCAGUUUUUGUAUCUGCCCCUCUUGUCAUAAACAGUCAGUGUAGUGUUUCAAUCAAGUAACUGAUCGAAUCAAAACAAUAAAAAUGAAUAUCCAUAUUUUUAGUAUAUCCGUUAUAUUUGCUUGCAUUUUUAUACGUGCUGGCAAUGCAGAUAUAAAAUUUGAUAAAUCCUUAUCAACCUGUAGUUUAUAUAAAGACAAUCAACCUGAAGAAUGUUUAACACUCUUGGAUAGUUUUGCAAAAUAUGCUUCAGACUUUACUAUGUGUUCUAUAAAAAAUGCUCGCCCUGUAAGAUUGUGCGAGGAGUGCAUCAACCAUUAUGUGAUGUUUAUGAACAAGUAUACAGAGUUACUGAAAACUGUUGUAAAUGGCACAUCAUGCAGGGACAUCUUUAUUUCACACGAUCGAUUAGAUGUUGUUUUAGAAUCUCAUGACAGGAUAUCAUCUAUGUGGUAUAAAGGCAAUUGCAAUGAAUGUUAUGACUGGACAGGAACAACGCCUAUUUUGUCUAACAAUACAAUACUUUUUAAAAAAAUGCUUAAUGAUACUGUAAUUUGCAUUGAAACUACCAUAAAUCCAGUUGGCAACAAUACUGAUGAGGUCUGUUCAAGGUGUAUGGAGUUUUAUUUAAAACUGGACAAGUUUUACAGAUCUCUUAGCAAAGAUUCUAUAGGACUGGACAGUGUAUGUUUCGAUAUAUUGGAUUCGAUGAAUACUACGAGAUCUAUAUGGAGCAAAGACCUUGAUUGCUGUAAAAAGCUGAGAUCUCCUGAAACAAUAUUCUUGUGGUGCACUGGUAUCAUAUCCUUACUCCCAAUACUGUUCUAUGUUAUGGUCAGAUAUUUGACACCCCUGAAGGCUCUACCUAACGCAUUGAAAGAGUCAAGAUUCAAACAAUCAUUUUUAAGAUCAAGUCGUGAAGGAAUUAACUAAUUUGUUUUAAGAAGAAUAAAAUAUUUACCAUAAGUAAAAUUUAUUUAUAUCAACAUAACACCAAAGACGCCAAUAAUAUACUUAUUAAUCA